AUGAACCGGACGGACUUCCAGUGCGCGAACUUGAAUGUGCCACUGGACUACAGCAACAAGUCGGAUACGAGGAAGGCAAGCCUCGCCAUCAUUAGAAUUCCGGCCGGUGGUCCAGGUGGUGAUGGCAUAGUCAACAUGGCUGCCUCUGCUAGCACCGUGCAACCCUGGGAUCCCCGAGGGACCGGCCAAACCCUCUUUUUCGACUGCUAUGCCAACAACACCGACAGCGAUCUUUCGUUGACGACGUUCUUCAACCUCGCGAGUGAAUCAGAUCAGGCAUUCGCCUGCUCUUGGGCGGAGGGUGACGUUCGCGGGAACACUUGCAAGGAAAUCCGCAGUGAUUGGGGCGACUACGUCGGCACGGCGUUCACCAUCCGCGACACGUUUUCGAUCCUGGAUAAUCUAGGAGAGGGGGAUAAGCCGAACUAUUGGGGCGUGUCAUACGGUACGCUCUUGGGGAAUACGGCGGUGAACAUGUUCCCUGACCGUAUGGAUCGCGUGAUAUUGGACGGCGUCCUCAACCCCCACGAAUACUACCACACGCUCGAGGAACCCCAGCAGUACGCAGACACGGACGAGGAGUGGCGCGAGUUCCUCCGCGGAUGCAUGAAACAUCCCGACACCUGCGCGCUCGCGCCUCUCGCCACGUCUCCCGAAGACCUGGAACAGAAGCUCAACGAGAUACUUUCGAAACUCGCCAAGAGUCCCUGCACCAUCCUCAACUCCCUCUACUACCUUACCCGGUACCCCUCGCUCGCCAUCAUCCGUGCCGGAGUCCUCACCAACGACCAGGCGUCCAUGAUCACCGCGAACUAUGGGUCGCGCACCGGCCACCCCAAUGUCAACGACGGCAGUAUCCGGCGCCAGUCCCUGUUCGGCAUCAGCUGUGGUGACAAGAUUGUGUGCACCGACGAUCAACAUCGCGACGUGCGCGCAGUGGCCAUUUACGGCGAAGGAACAGUACGAGCCUACGAGGGCGACUUCACGGCUACGACGAGCCAGCCGGUUUUGAUCAUCGGCAACACGUGGGAUCCGGUCACGCCGUUGGUAUCGGCGCAGAAUGUGAGCGCCGGAUUGGAGGGGAAUGAGUUGCUGCAGCAUAACGGACAUGGCCUACUACCCUGCACGUCGCGGUAUAUCGCGGGCUACUUCGUCAACGGCACCCUUCCGAAGCCUGGCACCAAGUGUGAGCGAGACAAUGACCUGUUCGUGGUGUAGCCGUGAGAUGGAUCUGAU